AUGGUGGAUGCGUCUUCUCCGUUAACGUUUGCGGAGAAAAUGCAGCGAUUGUUGCGGCAUCGUGCAGAGCGACAGCCGCUCCCGGCAGGCUACAUGCGCUGCCCGCUGAACCCGGAGCACCAGCUUCCCAUCGCCGCCAUUGUCACCCACCUGGAGAAGGCGCACCAGCAGGACGCCUUGGCCCUCGCACCCCACGCUAUGUACGGCACAGAGACGCACACGCGUCGACGCGACUUUCUAGAGAUGCAGCUUCACCGCCGUGAUGGAGCUGCCUGCCGAAGAGAGCACGCAAACCGUCACCACCACAGACGUGAGCGUCGCCGUCGUUCGAGGCGGUCUUCGUACAGCUCUAGUAGUUCCUCUGCCGCGUCCUCGCAGAGCUCGUUACCGCGAAGUAGACGCCAACGAUCGCGACGGCGGUAUCGCCACGAGCAGAAGCAGGAGUCGCACACCAGCCACAAUGGUCUCCCCGUGGCUGCGUACAAUGGAAUCGGAGUUCCUCUGCCGCCGCCACCUCCUCCUCCACCGGCUGGUGCCGUUGCUGCGGCCACAUGGUGUGGAUCGUAUCAAUCGGCAGAAGCGGCCAUAACCUCAGCCGCAGCUCCGACAAGGACUUUGGUGGGGCGUUACACUCUUGGGUUUACUAUUGACAAGCAGUGUCUCAUGAGUUACUUGCUUCAGUUCGGUUCCCUCCUUUCUUGUGAUCUUGAGCCACGCAGUGCAUCCUUCACGGUGGUUUACGAGACAUUUGAGGCGGCGUCAAGGUGCGCCGCACUAAGUUACCCAUCUGUUCUCAUUGACGGUGUUGCUGUGAAGUUACUUCCAGUGACAUCUGAAGCAAAUGUGGCAGGCGCGUCAGACAAAGGAAUAGCAGUGCCUACAAUGCAGUAUGUGGCUUCCACGUAUCCAGGCACAUGUUAUGCUUCGCCACCACCACCACCACCACCACCAACUCCGCCGCCGCCAGCAUCGGAAUCAGUAGUGCAGCACCCGCACCCGCACUCGCAACCUCCCUCCUGCACCCAACAGACACCAUCUGUGAUUACAGUUGGUGGAAAGCCCGUUGGUCUCGCGAUGCUGGGCGGCGGUAACAACUGCAGCAACGCGAGCAUUGCUAGAGGAGCCAAUACCAAGGUAAACCCGCCCAAGUGCGUUUUUAUUGCCGUAUUGAAGAAAACUGGAGAAGCGGAAGAAAUGGGUGUCGACGAGCGAUGCCUGUGGGAGGAGUUUGUGCGCUUUGGCAGUGUCUCCAGCAUUGUGGUGGCGGGGCCCCGCGUCGUGGUGGAGUAUGCGUCCCAUGAGAGCGUUGAGAAAAUCAAGCAGGCCCUGCAGAAGGGGGAAGAGGUCUUCACUUGUUGCUCCCCGCUGCAGUCAACGUGA